AUGGACGACAAAGCAGAGAUCGUCGCGUUUGCACGCGAGAGCGCCAAGGCGGGCGUGGACCUCUACGACCUGCUGGGCGUGGACGGCAGCACGUCGCGCGACGACAUCCACCGCGCAUGGCGGCGCAAAGGUCUCAAAUACCACCCGGACAAGGCGGGCGCCAACUACGACCCGACGCUGUACGAGCGAUUUGCGCGGGCACGGGAUGUGCUGGUGGACGACGAGGCGCGCAAGGUGUACGACACGGGCCGCGCGGCGGCGGCGCAGCGGCGGCUGCAGAGCGAGCAGAUGAGCGCCGAGCGGCGGCGGUUCAAGGACGAGCUGGAGGCGGCCGAGCGGGAGCACGGUGCAGCAGCGGCGGCGGGCGGUGCGCCGUUUGGGUUUGGCGGGGCCACCAGCACGUCGACGGCCCCUGCUGCCUCGACGGAGCGCGACAAGCUGCGGGAAGCCGGCCGGCGGCGGGCCGAAGAGCGUCAGCGCCGCGAGCAGGAAGCACAAGACCGCGUGCGGCAGCGCGAGGACGAGCGGAUUGCCGAGAUCGAGCAGCGGCUGCGGGACAAGGAAGACAAGGCGCGGCGGCGGGCCGAAAGGAAGGGUGGUGUGCGGGACGGCGACAGUUCCAAACCAGCGGCAUCAGACACAGCAACAGCAGCAACAGCACAACAACCACCGGUUUCCCAACCCGAUGCAGAAUGGCGCAAGUUGCUCAAGACGGGUGCUGCGCAGGCCAAGGCGGGCGACGUAGCCACCGUGCAGCAACGGCCUCUGUUUGCGUACACAAUGGACCGGCUGAAGGCGGCGGGCACGGCCCAAAGGCGGCACGCCGCGAGAGAUGCGUCGGCCACAGUGACGCCCUUCGAGCCAGAGUGGGAAGAGAUUGACGACCCUGAGGUACGCAAGUUUAUCACGAGAGUGCCUAAAUUCCCUGCGGCGGCGGCGCCGUCGGCCAGAACAGGACAUGUGCCGAUGGACACGGCUGCCUAG